CGCUUCCUCCUCCAGACUCUCCCACUGCUGGACUUUGAAUCUCUGGAGAUAGGACCUACCAGCGGUCUUUGAACUCAUGUCGGCUUGCUAAAACGCAGAGUCUCGCCCAGAAACAUCAAAGGUAUCAGGAUACGGUAUCUGCCCCUCCAUGCUGUCGAAGUGACUGAUAUGAUUCUCAGACUUCUGAGAUGUAUUCCGCCAGCCCCUACGAAGAAGCCGUGUUUGAGCGGUCGCCUGGGAUAAUAGCGACCUCGUCCGACAACAGCUCUCUCCUCUUAUCAAGCACAGAGACCGACAUGUCCCGGUAUUCGCCCGGUUAUGCGGUGGGGGAAGCAAGCAGGGUAACAUACAUGCCGGAGCAAUCCAGUUAUACGUCCUUGUUCCGCUCCGACUCCGAGAUGACACCAUUCUUUGUACCCUACCGCUGGUGGGAAGACGAAGCCACUACGGUGCUCUGGGCGUUUGACGUGCAAGAGAUUAAGCGCGUGAUCCGCUACGGGCUCUUUCGUGAUCCCAAUCUUCCCCGCACCUCGCUGCAAAGCCGCAAUGCAACCACGAUAGAUACCUUUUUGCUCUCACUUCUCGAGCCGCACGAGAGAUUCCUCCUUUCCAACCUGUCUCAUAUUCAAAAGGUGGAAGAGAUUCUUCGGCGGUCAACGAUUAGCAGCCCUCCUUCUGUUUCAUGGAGUUGGUUUCCCUCACACAAGGACCGAGAUCCGGAUCCUCGCGCAUUGGCAAGAGAUAUUGAUGCGGAGAGUCAUCUUCACUUUAAGCGCAUUUCUUUUGAGGAGCUUGUCCGUUACUCCUUGGGGUAUCCAGCCGCCUCCGUCGAUUGGUUCCUACAACAGCACACUGCCUUUUACAUUCAUCUUUUGAACUAUCUCAAUGCAUUCCCUGAGGAAGUUGCACGGUAUACUGAGGUUGAGAAGCACCUCCGAGGCCGGAGCCCCUUCGCCCAUCGUGCCUUGGUUCACUGUCUGCUCUCUAUGCAAUCUCAGACCGUGUUGGACGUGCCGCUAGUCUCGAGUCAAACGCUGGCGUUUGAAUUCAUAGCUGGGCCUAUUCAGAACCUAUUCCAGGAUUCCCCACCCAGCCUUACCUCCAUUCUCAAGGUACUCUCCGCCCUUGGGGUGCGCUUUGAGCAAGCAUACGUGCAUGCACGGGAAAUGAACUGGGUUCAGCCCUUCAACACCAGCGUGUGUUUCUUGGACGACCUCUUGGCCUCGACAUCGGCCGUGGACUUUUCGCGAACCCUGACAAAUAUUGACGAGGGCCAAUUCUCAAAGCUGACGCCACCAUCAAUUGCUGAGGAGAGUUCCGUACCCAGACGCUUGGUCGAAGAAUGGGGCCUGUUAAGCACGGCCGUGUGGGAAUGCUGCUCAGCCUUGCCCGAUCUGGUACCAUAUUUGCAGGAAUGUGCAGAGGCUCUCUUGGCCAAUCGCAACUAUCACUCGUUCACUGCUGUUCUGGACGGUCUGCAGAAGUACAGCAUCACAGCUCUGACGAUUACCAACACCAACAACGGCACUAGUACCGUAGCUCUGAAUCCGGUGUUACCCCCUAACUUAGUCUAUCUGUUGAACCCCUUCCGGAAUUACGCAGCCUAUCGCCGGCAGUUUCAAGACUUUCCAGGCAUUCCAUUUCUCUUGCCACACCUUCGGGAAAUCCAGCAGCACGGAGAGCUAGCAUUGCGUCAAUUCUUCAACAACUUGCAGAUUUGUACACGCUGAUGAACGAGUGCAGGUCGCUCAUAUGAUAUGCAGACGCCUCUUGGUAUAGGGUUCGGCGUUACAGGAAGGAUAGAACUACUGCUGGUCUAUAGGCGGAUGACAUUUGUGUGUGGUUCAUUUAGAUUGAUAUCAUCUAGUUGGUAGGUUACACGAUUUUGGAUUCAGAUCAUGGAUUGCCUUUCGCAUAUAGAACGCGUUUAUCGCGGAUUUAGCAGCC